UAAGCAAACAAAAAAAUAAUAGAGAAUUAUCUUUAUGUAAAAAAUAUAUAAAAAUUAAGUUAAAAUGUGAGGCAUAUUGUUAAUCAUUAAUCACCUCUCUUAGAAUAUAUUUAUAAUUCAUAAUAUUUAGUGAUUUGUUCUUUAAUCAUGUAGUUCUUCUGUAAAGCCAGUGCAAUAUAUGAAACUGCAUCAAGUCAAUUACAAUGAAGUGUUUGGUGCUAGUUGCUAUUCUCCUCACUAUUGUAAAGUGCGAAUCAAAAAACACCACUCAAAAAUUUGACCCUUUAGGCCCAUUGGUAAGAUGCUCAUAUCUCCCAUGGGAAUUCAUUGAUUGUGAUGAGCUAAUAGACCACAAGGGAAAUGAAACAGCCUUCAAAGAACUCGGCUAUGGUUGUGUUAAGUUUGGUGGAAUGUACUAUGAGCAGGUCAAUAAAACCAAAGUGUUUUGUAGAGCUCUGCAAGAAAUUGAGUGUUUUGGCAAUAGAACAUUUUUUAGGGAAGGCAUUCCUUGCAUUAGAUAUUCAAAUCACUAUUUUACAACUACUUUAUUGUAUAGUAUAUUGUUAGGUUUCUUAGGUAUGGAUAGGUUUUGUUUGGGGCAAACUGGGACUGCUGUUGGGAAGCUCCUUACUGUGGGUGGAUUAGGAAUUUGGUGGUUAGUUGAUAUUGUGUUACUUGUCACUAAUAAUUUGGUACCUGAAGAUGGAAGUAAUUGGAAUCCUUAUGUUUAAGUUUAAAUCUAGUUUAUAGCUUCAUUUUUAAGUGUUCAUAAUGAUUUUGAUGGAGAUGGAAAAAUGGGAUCAUAGUCAUCUCUUAUAAUUCUUUUAUUGGCUUUGCAAUUUUAUGUUGAUGCUCUAAUUAUAAAAGAGAUCAUGUGAAUCCAAUGAAAUUAAUUUAAAAAGAUUGUUUUUGUUUCUUGCAUGUCCAUCAAAAUUAUUUGUCUGUUGGAAAAAUAUGGAUGAUAUAUUUUUGUUUAUAUGUGUAUAAGCAAGUGUACAUAUUAAUAAAGUUAAGUUAUAAAA